AUGAGGCUCGAUACGUUACCGUCGACGAUUAUUUUCUAUGUCCUUCUUCUCACCACACCGACACAUGCCUCUGUCGACGUCGACUUCUCGGCAUAUCCCGCCUCGGCACAGUCAUGCCUUACACUAGCAGUCGAUACCUCGGGUUGCUCCUCCGAGAGCACCGUUUCUGAGAUGAAUGACUGCCUCUGUGGCAACAGUGGUGACUUCGUCCUCGAUUCGGCGAGGUGCCUAGGGAGUAUCGGGAGUAGCGCCGGGACAAUGAGCGAGAUAGGAGUGAUAACGUCCAGCAUUGCUGGUGCAAUGACGCUCGCAUGUAUCACAUGCAUGAUUAUUUUCUUCACAAAACGAAAGAAGGAUAAGCUGCUGCUCGCCGAGGCACGCGCGGCGGCAGCACAAGCCCAAGCCAAAGACAAGGACCAGAAUCGGGGCCUACUCAGCCCGGGCGCCGUCACGCCGGGAUUGCCCAGCCCAGCGGGACCUGGAGGGGUGGUAUCAGGGCACGAGGGACAAGUGUUUGGCGCAAGCGUCGUGCCGCCAACGCCGAUAUAUACGGGCCCUGCAGAGGCCCAGGCCUGGAGAGGAGGCGACCGCGGCCUCACAGACUCCCCGAGCGAGCUCAACGGCGACAGUGCCGUGUUUCAACUAUACGGCGACCAACCGCAACGAGACUUGUCAGCGUGGCCAUCGCCACUCACGCUGCCUAGCAGAGGCUUCUCCCAGGGCCUGUCGAGAACCACGACGCUCCGCAGUGAGUCAUCCUGGGCGCCGUCGCCAGCGUCCGCCUACGCCUCGUCGAACGCGCUCGGCAUGUACAGCAACGGCACGGCUGGCGCAUCGAGGUACGGCGCAGACUCGGUCGUCUCGUCGCCCAUACUAGCGAGGCAAGGCACGAAUACGUCGCGGACGAGCUGGGCCCACGACAGGCCGUACCAGGAGGAGCUGUACGAGCUGCCAGGUAUGGAGGCUCGGAGUCCCGUAGAGGCGGACUCAAAUCCUAUAAUGACGUUGCCGGAGAGCACAAACGAUACUGCCGGGAGAUCAACGCCGCCCGAGUAUUCGUCCGGCGGGUGGGUAGACCCAAAUACGGACAAACCGCCCCUUUGA